AUGAAUAAACAUAUUAUCGAUUUGAUAGUAAACCGUAGAUUAUUAGAAAACAAAAGAAUUGUUAAUAAACAUAUAAUACGAUUAAAUUUAGAAAAUAUUAUUUUAAAUUUUGAUGAAUAUUCCAAGGCUUACAAAAAAACACACCAUGAUUUGUUACAUAAUAUUAGCAUAUACACAAAAAUAAUAAAAUUAGAUUAUAAUUAUUUAUUAUAUUUUUAUAAAAAUUUGGUUAAUCCAUUAUUGAAUGAUAAAAAUAUAAAAACAGAUAUUAAUUUUUUAUCAAAUAUUAUUCAUACAUUUAAAAAGAAUGAAAGAUGUAAUCAUAUAUUAAAAGAACUGAGUGAAUAUAUUCUAUCAAAACUUAAUAAAAAUGAAGAAGAAAUAAAAUAUAUCAUAAAAGAUAGUGAUACAUCGACAAAUGAUUUAAAUACAUGGAUAAAUAUCCUACAUGUUUUUUCAAAAUAUAAGAAUAUAAAUAUUAUUGAAAUAUUACAAAAAAUUAUAAUACAAGAAGAAAAACAUAUAUUAUCUUCUAAUGAAUAUAUAAUAAAUACGAAUAGAAAAGAAAAAAUAGACAUAUCAUAUGGAAAAAAUAAUUUUUUUUUUUUUUUUUUUUCUGUUACACCUUAUAAACAUAAUGUAUAUAAUAUAAAUAAAGAGAAAAAAAAUAUAUUCUUAUCAUUAAAAAAGAUUAAUUAUAAAUUAUUAGAUACAUUAAGUCCUAGAACAUUCAGUAUAUUAAUAAAUAUAUUAACAAAAAUACCUGUAGAACCAUGUAAUAAUUUUAAUGCAUUUGUUAUAUCAAAAAUAAAAAGUAUGCUUAAGGAAUUUUCAAAUAUAGAUUUGUGUUUAAUAUUUGAAAGUAUAUAUUAUUAUUUUAAAGGAAAUGAUAAAAAUUUUUAUUUAUUAAAUAAUAUGAUUUAUAAUGAAAUAUUAAAAAGAAUAGAAUCAUUCGAUCUUUUACAGAUAUGUUUAAUUUUUAAUCAUUUAAGAAAUUAUAAUUUUGAUUAUAAAAAAAUUAAUACAUUUAUCUCAUUAUUUAUAAUGAAAAUUAAAAAAUAUUAUAAUUUAUAUCAAGAUGUAAAUAUAGAUAGAGACAAAUAUAUUUUAUAUACAAAAGAUAAAAAAUCUCUUAUUGAAAUAAUGCCAAUGUUUUUCUUAUCAUAUAUUAAAAAUACUCCAUAUUUAUUUCCUUCAUAUAAUUUAUUUAGUAUAUUUGUUAAUACUCAAUUUUUUAUUAUAAACAAAUAUAUAUUAUAUUUAAAAAAUAAUUAUUACUUACAAAAACAAAAUGGAUAUAAACAUACAACAUAUAAUUAUUAUUAUAUAAAUUUAAAUAAUAUUAAUCAAACAUUGUGUAAUUUUUUUUAUGCUUAUUCAGGAUAUAUGCAUAACACAUUAACGAUAUAUAAUUCUGAUAAUCAUAAAUAUAUAUAUAUCAAACAUUUCUAUAUAACUCUCAAUAAUAUAUAUCGAUUUUUAUAUUUUUUUAAAUUCUUAUAUGAAAAUAAUUCAUAUUAUUUACAAAAUAGCAAAGAGAACUUUUUAUUAUCAAUACAUAAGUCACAACUAUUAAUUUUUUUUUAUACUUUUUGGUCAUAUAUAUCAGAUAUAUUAUUAUAUAUAUAUAAAUAUCAUAAUCAGCAUACUAUUAAAAUAUUAAAAAAUAAAAAUAUUUAUAUGUGCAAUAAUAAAUCUAAUUGUAAUAUAUUUAAUGACAUACAAACAUAUCUCUGCAAAAAUAAAAAAAAGGACGAUGACCAUGUUAUUUUUUCUUAUAUAAUAAAAUUAUCAUAUUUGAAAAAAAUAUAUUAUAUAUUAAAUCUAUUAGAUUCUACAAAUCUAGAGGAUCUAAUGAACGAAUCAUUAAAAUAUAACAACACAUAUAUAACUUCAAUUUAUAAGAAUAUAAUCGACACAUUGAAUAAUACUCAGCAUCCUAAUUCCAAACGAUGUUAUUUAUUCAGAAGAAAAAUAAUUGGCCCUUACACAGCAUCGCUACUGCUUCAAAAAUGA